UCCCUCUUUCUCUUUUUCACAAUUUUGCUGAAUUUUGCAGUAAAAAUAAUGUCGAACGAAAGCGUCGAAACUGGGAAAAACAACGUCGAAGAUGAUUCUGUUGUUCGAUCAUUAUUUCCAAAUGGCAUGAAAGUUUUAGUUGUUGAUGACGAUCCUGUUUGUCUAAAAUACGUCACUAAGUUGCUUGAUUGCUGCAAAUAUUAUCAAGUUACUUCAAUGAUUAAUCCAGUUGAAGCACUAAACCUAUUAGAGAAGAACGAGGUCAAAUUCGACUUGUUAUUAACAGACGUAUGUAUGGAGUUAAUUAACGGAUUUAACCUUCUAGAAGCCGCCCGUAAACAUGACAUCACGGUGGUGCUGAUGUCGGGCCACGACGACCCGAAAAACGUCAAGAACGGCGUUAUGCACGGCGCUCGGUAUUUCUUGAGUAAACCUGUAAAUUUGAAAGAUAUAAAGCUAAUUUGGCAACAUGUUUUUCGAAAUCUGAUCGAAAAAUGCUCGAUGAAGGAGAAUUUUGGUGAAGAAAACGAGGUUUUGAUGAAGAAGGGGAAGUUUAAGACGAUGAGGAGUGGUGGUGGUGGUGAUGAUGAUGAUGAUGCUGCUGCGGUGGCGGAGGUGGAGGCGGCGGCGGUGGUGGCGGAGAAGCAGCGGAGGAGGGAAAGGGUGAGGUGGAGUCAUGAACUUCAUACUGAGUUUGUGGCGGCGAUUGAGAAGCUUGGAGGGAAAGAUAAGGCCGUACCUAAGAAGAUUCUAGAAAUGUUGGGGAGAAAGUAUAAUUUGACUCGAGAAAAUGUUGCGAGUCAUUUGCAGAAAUAUCGAAGGAGUCUUUCGAAGAAUAAGGUUCAGGUUCAGGGCAUUCAUCUGCAGCAGAAUAACAGCAAAAACAACAAUAAUACCAGCACCACCACCAGUUUAACUGAUCAUCAUUCUUUCAUGGUUCCGACUCCGGUUGCAGCACCGCCUUCAGGUGGUGGUGGUGGUGGUCAGAUGACAAUUGGUGGGCCCACAUUAACCCGCCACCACCACCAUCUUCCUCCUCCUCUGCGACAACCAUUGAACAACGGUAGUAAUCCAUGGUUGAUGAACCAUCAUCAUCAUAUGGAUCAUCAUCAGCCACAACCAUUGCAGGUUAUGCCAAGUCAGGUGAUUAUGCAACCACAAAGAAUGAUGCAGUUUAACUGGAAUUACUCCAUGGGUGGCAAUCAUUUAUCCCAAAUGAAUCAUCUUCAACAACAACAACAACAGCAACAACAACUUCAGCAACAGCAACAACAACAACAACAACAACUUCAGCAACAGCAACAGCAACUGAUACCUUAUGGGGAUUUCAGAACAUUGCAAACAGAUUCCUGUGAUUCGGUAGGGAUGCAAGUGACUGAUGAUUUCUUUGAUAAUAAUAAUAACCGCGAUUCUUCUAAUGAUGUUGGUUUUGGUAAUGGGUUUAUGAUUGAUGGGAGUUUCAAAUCAUUGCUUGAAGAAUUGUAGUCGAAUUACUACUACCAGUUCGACUGUUCGAGGUGUAGAUAGAUAGAUAGAUAGAUAGAUAAUGAGACUUUUAUCGAAGGAGAUUAGUGGUAAGUCUUGAUUAGACUACAGUAAUUGUGAUGGUAAUUGAAUGAAACAGAUUGUAGAAUCAGUUUUAUUUCUUUUUCUAGUUAUAUGUAUUAUUAAAGAUAAUGGUGUUCUUGU